AUAAGUGUUGAUGUGGCCUGGAAACCAAACGUUGAUCUUCGUUUUUAUGAUUACCGGGGACUGGCAGACAAUUCUGAUCUGCUGUUUGUUAUGGCUUAUGAUGAGCAGAGCCAGAUUUUUGGAGAAUGCCUAGCUGGACCAAACUCGGCAUUGACCUCUGCUGUUGAAGGUUUAACCGCAUACAUAAAUGGAUCUCAUCAAAUUGUGCCAGAUAAGCUGGUUCUGGGGCUGCCCUGGUAUGGCUAUAUCUACCCUUGUGUUUGGACAGAAGGAGAUUUAUGCUACAUCCAGGAAGUACCAUUUCGUGGAGUCAACUGUAGCGAUGCUGCAGGCAGGCAGUAUGAUUAUGGCUUCAUAAAUGUUCUUCUUCAAACACUUCCCGGGAGUUGCCGGUGGAAUGAUAGCUCUGCCACACCAUACAUGACAUAUACGAAUUUCAUAAACAAUCAGUCAUAUCAAAUUCAAUUUGAUGACCCAAAGAGCCUGAAGAUCAAAUAUGACUUAGUGUCACAAUUGGGCCUGCGAGGUGUAGGAAUAUGGAAUAUUGAUUCUUUGGAUUACUCAGAUUCUGCUGUUGGAAGAAACAAUCGGGAGAGCAUGUUUACUGCUCUUCCAUCAAGACGGACCAAAAAAACUGCCUGUCCCUGUAGCAAGCCAGAAUGGUGUCUUCCUAUCACAGACGUGACAAGAAAGGAGGUUUAUGCAUUCUCCCUCAUAAAUGAUGAGAACCAUUGGACAAAAUUUGAUUGGUCAAAGAUAACGACUGUCUGCAUGUACGGUUACAUCAACACAAGUCUUAUGUGCCUGGCCCACUCAUAUGGAGCCCGUGCUGUGACUGUAGGUCAGGUCAAGGAGAUUACCAUGAUAACUCCAGCUCUGAGAAGCAAGUGGGUUAGUGAACAGCUUCAGAUAGUUCAAGAGAACUUCCUGGAUGGCCUCAACUUUGAUGUAGAGAUGACAAUAACUCCAAAGCAAAAGGAUCUGAGGGAUGCAUACACAGCACUUGUCACAGAAACAAGUGUAACUUUCAAAAAAAUACUGCCAUACUCACAGAUCAGCAUAGAUGUCACUGUUGAUGCCUUCAGCAUGUAUGCUGCCUAUGAUUAUCCAGCCUUAGCAGCCGCUUCAGACUUUCUGUUUAUCAUGGCUUAUGAUGAAUACGGCUAUGAUCGUGUUGGUCCAAAUUCAGAUUUUUCCAUCACCAGUCGUGGUAUAGAGUCUUACAUGAGGAAGAACAUCAGUGCUAGCAAGCUGGUGCUGGGGCUUCCUUGGUAUGGCUACAUCUACAACUGUACAAAGCUUCUAGAGGAUACCUGUUUCCUGACUAGUUCACUGAAUCGCCACUCGGAUCAGUUUAGUUACCAGGCAAUAUACCAGCUGUUGCAGAGGAUGCCAGAGAGGUACAGGUGGAAUGCCACUUCAGAAACCCCAUAUUUUUCUUAUACCGAUCCACAGACGGGCAGUGGCUAUCAGGUCCAGUACGAUGAUCCAAAAAGCUUGAAGAUAAAAUAUGAUUUAGCCGCCAGCAAGAACAUCAGAGGAGUGGGAAUGUGGACUAUAGAUUUUUUGGACUAUUCUGAUACAAAGGAAGGGGAAGCAAUGAGGCAGUCAAUGUUUUCUCCACUUCCCUCCCAUGAUGACCGAUCAUUGUUGAAAGACAUAAAUAAUUAUCAAAACUUGACUGUUUAA